GAACCGAAUGUCCUCCGAAGACCGGCACCUGGGCUCCAGCUGCGGCUCCUUCAUUAAGACGGAGCCAUCCAGCCCAUCCUCGGGCAUUGAUGCCCUCAGCCACCACAGCCCCAGCGGCUCCUCGGACGCCAGCGGUGGCUUUGGCAUGGCCCUGGGCGCCCACGCCAACGGUCUGGACUCGCCGCCUAUGUUCGCAGGUGCGGGGCUGGGAGGCACCCCGUGCCGCAAGAGCUACGAGGACUGUGCUAGUGGUAUCGUGGACGACAUCAAGUGCGAGUACGUGCUCAACGCCAUCCCCAAGCGUCUGUGCCUCGUGUGCGGGGACAUUGCCUCUGGCUACCACUAUGGCGUGGCCUCCUGCGAGGCCUGCAAGGCAUUCUUCAAGAGAACCAUCCAAGGCAACAUCGAGUACAGCUGUCCGGCCACCAACGAGUGUGAGAUCACCAAACGGAGACGGAAGUCCUGUCAGGCCUGCCGCUUCAUGAAAUGCCUCAAAGUGGGGAUGCUGAAGGAAGGUGUGCGUCUGGACCGAGUGCGUGGAGGGCGCCAGAAGUACAAGCGACGGCUGGACUCGGAGAACGGCCCCUACCUGAGCUUACAGAUUUCCCCACCUGCUAAAAAGCCAAUGACUAAGAUCGUCUCAUAUCUACUGGUGGCUGAACCGGACAAGCUGUACGCUAUGCCUCCCCCUGGCAUGCCUGAGGGAGAUAUCAAGGCCCUGACUACUCUCUGUGACUUGGCAGACCGGGAGCUUGUAGUCAUCAUCGGCUGGGCCAAACACAUCCCAGGCUUCUCGAAUCUGUCUCUCGGGGACCAGAUGAGCCUGCUGCAGAGUGCCUGGAUGGAGAUCCUCAUCCUGGGCAUCGUGUACCGCUCGCUGCCCUAUGAUGAUAAGCUGGUGUACGCGGAGGACUAUAUCAUGGACGAGGAGCACUCUCGACUGGCGGGGCUGCUGGAGCUUUACCGAGCCAUCCUGCAGCUGGUACGCAGGUACAAGAAGCUCAAGGUCGAGAAGGAGGAGUUUGUGACGCUCAAGGCCCUGGCUCUAGCCAACUCAGAUUCCAUGUACAUCGAGGACCUAGAGGCUGUGCAGAAGCUGCAGGACCUGCUGCACGAGGCGCUGCAGGACUACGAGCUGAGCCAGCGCCAUGAGGAGCCCCGGAGGACGGGCAAGCUGCUGCUGACGCUGCCCCUGCUGCGGCAGACAGCGGCCAAAGCCGUGCAGCACUUCUACAGCGUGAAACUGCAGGGCAAGGUGCCCAUGCACAAACUCUUCCUGGAGAUGCUGGAGGCCAAGGUGUGAUGGCCCCCCAGCACACGGAUGGAUGGAUGGACACGAUCCAUGGUGGAGACCUCCACAGCCACCAGCCUCGACUUUCCACACCUGCAUCGGGGGCUCUGAGCUGUCCCAGAGGAAGAGGUUUCCUGCUUCCUGGCCAUGUGCAGACUCCUGGGGGACAGCAGAUGGGGAGACGGGGAUGGGAGGGCGGGGGCGGGGGGCUCAUCUGUCACCCGCAUUUUCUUUGGUAUUUUUUCCUUCUCCAUGGGCAGUGCUAAGGCUUGGGCCAGGGCUGACUCCCCUUAGGGCUGGAGACCACCAGAGGAAGCACCCCUCCCCACAACCCAAGAGGCAGCGCAUCCAUUUCCAGACCCCUCCCCAUUCAGGACCUGGAUGUAACCUGGAUGAGCAGAGCUUAGUGUCCAGGACCCAAAAGACUUCGAGUGGGUUCUUCUGGAGGUGUUGGUGUCAGAGAGGGCAAGUCCCUUGGGGCAGGAGUGUCUCCAAAGGCCCUGCUUCUGUAGAGGUCUGUGGCUGCUCCUAAGGCUCUGUACCCCCUCGAUCCAGCUGGCUCCCUCCCCUUCCACCUUUCCCCUUGUCCUGCCACACCUAGGGUCCAGUUGGUGCUCCUGCCAGCCCCAAGUGGCUACAUCCCCCCUGUCCCACCCCAGAAGCCCCUCCCCUGCUUCCUGCCCCUACCUCAGCCAGCCUAGGUAACUCCAGGGCAUGUACUCGGGAACUCACUGGCUCAGUAAAGAGCUGGGUCCUGUACCCACUGCUCCUGUUGCCUCUUCCUC